UUCAAGUUUUAUGGUUUUUCCCUACGAGAUUCAACCUUUCUUUUUACUGCUGGAUGUAAAACAACUGAUAAACAAAGGGUGCUUUAAAGACAGAGGGGUAUGAACGAGCCUCACCAGAGAAUGGCUACAGUGGGAACAGAUAAAGAACUCAGUGACCUGUUGGAUUUCAGUGCGAUGUUUGCACCCCCUGUGGCUAAUGGGAAGAACAGACCAACCACACUUGCUAGCAGUCAAUUUAGUGGUUCAGGUAUGGAAGAACGUAGUAGUCCCUGGGCUGCUGGAGAGCAGAACAGUCCCUCUUUUAACCAGAACUAUGGAGAAGGCUCACACUACAAUGAACACAAUGGACUAUCUUCCCCAUUCCUUGGCACAGGAAUUAGUGGAAAGAAUGAAAGGGGUCCUUACUCUUCCUUUGGGGGCCAGCCAGGGUUCCUGCCCUCAGACAUCACCAUGCCUUCUGCAGAUGCCAUGUCUCCAUCCGGACUGAAGUCUGGCUCACAGUUUUACCAGUCAUACCCCAACAACCCCCGGAGACGCCCCUCAGAUGGAAGCAUGGAUCCCCAACCAAAAAAAAUCAGGAAGCCGCCAGGACUACCAUCUUCAGUUUAUGCCGCCACCUCUGGUGAUGACUAUAUCCGUGAUGGUGCUGCCUACCCAGGCUCCAAACCUGGCUCUGUGUACCCAGGAUCUUUUUACAUGCAAGAGGGCCUACACUCCUCUUCGGACCCCUGGGCCCCCUCUGGAUCCAUAGGCCAGUCGGGAUACACUGCUAUGCUGGGGAAUUCGCCACACAUCAGUCAGCCAGGCUCCUUCUCUACGAUAAACCCACAAGACAGGAUGAACUAUCCCUUGCAUGGAGCGGACGUGAAUGGUUUCCAUUCGGGCUCCGCGGGUUAUAGCCACACAUCCUCCAUGAAUGGAUCCGACAGCAUUUUGGCAAGCAGAGGUUCAGUCACAAGCAGCUCAGGUGAUGAGGUCGGAAAAGCUCUUGCUUCGAUCUAUCCUUCGGACCACAACAGCAACAACUUCUCCACUCCUUCCACUCCUGUGGGCUCCCCUCAGGGCAUUGCAACAGGUGCAGCACAGUGGUCGAGAGCUUCUGGCCAGGCUGCUCUGUCUCCUAACUAUGAGGGUGGACUACAUGCACUGCAGAACAAAAUGGAAGACCGGCUGGAGGAGGCCAUUCAUGUGCUGCGAAGUCAUGCGGUGGGUCAGGCCCCGGGAUUUCCUGGAGCACAUGCUGACGUGCACGGCCUACUGGGUGCCGUCUCCACACCCAGUGGAUCUAUGGGGGGUCUCCCUCAGGCCUACUCCAACCCAGGACUGCCCCUGAGCAACAGACACCCUGCCAUGGCUGGAAGCCAUCAUGAUGACCAUGCCUGCCUUCCUCCCAGCAGCACCCUGUUGCAGUCCGCUCAUGCUUCAGGCACCCCACAGCCUGGAGGAGCACCAGAGGAUUUUAGCAGUUUGCCCGGAGGCUUGGCCCACGCUAUGCAUUCGUCAAACAAACCUGACGUCAAGAGGAAAGACAAGGAGGAAGAUGAGAACUCCUCUGUGGCCGAUAAGUCUGAGGAAGAGAAGAAGGAAAGUAAACCGUCUCGCACCAGAACAAGAAAGGAGGUGUUUACCCAUCAAGUCCUUUCAGGUGUAUCAGACCAGGGAGAAGAUGAAGAUGAUGAGGAUUUGCCGCCAGAGUUAAAGGUCGAGCGGGAGAAAGAGCGGCGAGUGGUCAACAACGCACGAGAGCGACUGCGUGUGCGUGACAUCAAUGAGGCCUUUAAAGAGUUGGGCCGCAUGUGCCAGCUGCACCUGAGCAACGAUAAACCCCAGACCAAACUGCUCAUCCUGCACCAGGCCGUCAACGUGAUCCUAAACCUGGAGCAACAAGUCCGUGAACGCAACCUGAACCCAAAAGCGGCAUGUCUGAAGCGACGUGAAGAGGAGAAAGUGUCCGGGGUGGCUGGAGACACUCAAAUGCAGCUGUCCGGACCGCAUCCAGGACUGGGAGGAGAUGGACGCAUGUGAUCAUGUGAUCCAGUGAAAUUUCUUGGGGCUCCUGGAAGAAGUGACCUUGAAUCUCUUCCACCGUUCUCAUCCUCUGUUUGCAUCUAGUGACUUGGAAAGCAUAUCAUCCACGAAAUCAGAGAUGCACCCUCCAAACCUUUUUGGACACACGAAUCGACCCACCAAAACUGACACAGCAGAUUUUGUCCGUGAUCACUCUAGACCGCAAUUACCAGCACAAAUGUGAAGAACUCUUUCUCAAGUCAUUUUGUAUUUUUCUGCUUCCUUAAAACAAUGGAUCAUAGGAAUAGACAUGUUCUGACCACAACUGACGUUUUUUUUUUUUUUCACUGCAGAAAGAGUUUUGAACGAGAGACGAGACGGAUGUCAAUUUAAUCAUGGAUCUGUGCCUAAUUGUUACGUUUUAUAAAAGACGCAAACUGCUUACUUGUAUGGAACAAAACAAGUUUGGGAGUUGGUUGUAUAUGAGGAAUUUAUUUAUUUUUUUUUUCAAAUGUGGUUUGUCAUUCCUUACUGAAAGGUACAGUCUUACAUGCGUUGUGUAACCAAACCCCAUGAGAAGUGGGGUGAACCUGUGGUGCUUUUGAGGACGGCAUAUCCCAGCAUGCCACUGCUCCGUGGGCCAGGGCUCUUCUGGAAAGGGAGAAAAGCACACGGGCCAUCGCAGCUCUCCAGACUGUUUCAUUUGUUUGGAAACAUCACAUAUCGUCAGCUCUCACGAUGCCAUUGACUAGCCAAUCGGAAGAACCCGCAUCAUAAAGGAGCGUGAGCUUCUGUUACUAUGACAACAAUUGCUUGGAUUCCAUUGCGUUCCCAGGCACGAAAUUGCCAAGUUGAUCUUUCACUUCUUUAUUUUUAUUUUUCGCCAGAACAUGUUCAUCACUCGCUCGCAUCGAUUCAUUGUUGCCAAAAGUCUGAAAGCGUACACAUGUCCACCUCACACAUAUGUAAUGGAUAUUAUUUCAAUUUGAAAAAAAAAAAAAAAGUAAGAAUAUAUAUAAAUAUAUAUUUUUGUUAGUCUAUACAUUGUAGAUUUCUAAAUAACAAAAACAUAUUAGUUUGAAGUGUAGAGUCUAUAGCGCAAGUGAACGCUCAGAGAUGCG